AUGCGUAGCUUCAAAUCAUCGUUGCUUUUGAGGCGCUAUGUUCAUAGAUGCAUCUCUCAAUUCAGAAGCCUUAGCUCUCUCUCCAAUAAUCCCCUCGUUGAUGAUGCUGAUAACCUAGUACUUGUUGAGGGCAAGACUUAUUCAAGAACUGCAAUUCUCAACAGACCCUCUGUGCUCAAUGCUCUUAAUACUACCGUUGGUUCUAGGUUGCAUAAACUAUACAAAAGUUGGGAAGAUAACCCUGGCAUUGGGUUUGUGGCUUUAAAGGGAAAAGGCAGGGCGUUUUGUGCCGGUGGUGACAUUGUUGCUCUCUAUAAGUUAAUAAGCGAAGGAAAUAUUGAAGAGUGUAAAGAAUUCUUUUGGACCUUAUAUAAUCAUAUAUACUUUCUUGGUACAUAUUUGAAGCCACACGUGGCUAUCUUAAAUGGGAUUACUAUGGGUGGCGGGGCUGGAAUUUCAAUCCCUGGGACAUUCCGAGUUGCAACUGAUAAAACUGUUUUUGCUACCCCUGAAUCAUUAAUUGGUUUCCAUCCAGAUGCUGGGGCAUCAUUUUACCUCUCACACCUGCCUGGCUAUCUUGGGGAGUAUUUGGCCUUAACAGGUGAUAAACUCAAUGGAGCGGAAAUGAUGUCCUGUGGGCUUUCUACUCACUACUCGCUUAUUCCAAAACUUCCUUUGAUUGAAGAACAGCUUGGGAAUUUGGUAACUGAUGACCCUUCUGUCAUUGAAACUUGUUUAGAAAAUCAUGGAGAUCUUGCUCUUCCAGAUAAGAAAAGUGUAAUUCACAGGAUCGGAACACUUGACAAAUGUUUCAGCCAGGACACUGUUGAGGAAAUUAUUGAUUCUUUGGAAAAUGAGGUUGCCAAAACAAAUGAUGCAUGGUGCACAUCAACUUUGAUGAAACUUAAAGAUGCUGCACCAUUAAGUUUGAAGGUUUCAUUAAGAUCUAUACGCGAAGGUAGAUUUCAAAGUCUUGACCAGUGCCUUAUCCGUGAGUAUAGAAUGUCCCUACAAGGAAUAUCUGGGCAGAUUACAGGUGACUUCCGUGAGGGUGUUCGAGCAAAACUGGUAGAUAAAGAUUUUGUACCAAAGUGGGACCCUCCAACAUUGGAACAAGUAUCUCAAGACAUGAUAGAUCAGUACUUUGCUCCGCUCACAGCACUUGAGCCUGAACUAGAACUGCCCACAAAGCAGCGAGAAGCAUUUGCAUAG